AUGCAAGGAGUUUUUACUAAACUUCCAUCACUCUUCUCCUAUUUCCUUUGCAGAGGCUAUGCCGAAAAGUAUUCUGGAGUUAAUGAAUGUGGAGAAGCUUACCAGAGAGAAUGUGGCAAGCCAUCUCCAGGCAAAAACCCUUUGUUUUCCUGCUUCAAUUGCUUAUUGUCUGAGCUCUUCUCUUUCCUCGCAGCUAACUGUCUUGUUCUGUGGUUGCAGAAAUAUAGGCAGUUCCUGAAAAGGACUAGAGAUGCAGAGAGCCAGCAAGAUAAUAUGGUUGCAGCUUUAGGCAGUGCAGAUUCUGCUUGUUUGCACAUGAGUUCUUUGAGUGGGCUUGGAGAUCUUCAUACUGUGGCUGGUUCUGGACAAUUUGAGAAUGCUGCUUUCAUCUCCUUCUCAUCUAGUAGUGUACUUGGUCGAUUGAACACUCCUGCUGAUCUAGGCAUUUCAGCAAUAGGUCAAUUGAGUCUUACACAAAGCUCAAGGAAUCCCGUUAAUGAUUGGGCUAAUUUCCACGCAGUUACUAAAACUGGAAAUCAAGAUGAGAAUGUACUUCAAGGAAUGCCAUUGUCAAUAGGAUCUGAUCAAUUGCAACAUAGUAAAGUUGUUUCUCAAAUUGGAGAGCUCAACUCCGCUAAUAAUGAUUCAGUGGUUUUUCCCAUUUCCAAUGGCUCCAUUGAUAUGCAAACUAAUGCUGGUAGCUCAAGAUACUCCCUUGUGGGUAUUCCAAAUAACCCCAUAACAUUACGAGGUCACCUUCAAGACAACCAAAUGAGGGAGGCUUUUGGAAAUCAAUCUUCUGUUGUAGAGGCGUCCUUAGACUCUAGACUUCAUUCUCCCUUAUUGGAUUUUGGUAGAUGCAAUGAAAACUGGCCAAAUGCUGUUCAGUCAUCUGAGAUCAAAACUGAUGCUUUUAUGUUAAGGCAAGGUCUCAAACAAGCCACUCCAAGUGACUCAAGAGGCAAUAUUUCUUCAAUGACCAUGCAUAUGAUGAUUAAUCCUCAGAAUGUGUCCUACAUAACUUCUGUAUUGCCAGAUACAGGAACAGAUUUACGAUCUCAAGCAGAACACAUUAGCAGUAGUGCUAGUCAAAAUAUGGAUUUUGGCUUAAAACAAGGGUGGGAUGACCCCAUACAAGAUGCAAUUCACCACUCAUAUCUUACGUGCAGCCCAAUGAAUUCUUCAUUCUCUCCUCUUGAUGUGGUACUUCCAUACAUCCAACGGUCGGACCCAAUGAACAAAACUUUCAAUAUAAAUGAUGAUUGCAAUAUGAUUGGACAAUCAAAUGGUUUAGAUCGAUCAGUCAUGCAGCAUAAUGAGGUUGCACAGUUAGCUGUACAGACAACACCUAUUGUGAAGCAAGGUAAUUUAAAGGAGCAAAGGAAGCCUCAGGGAAGGAAUGCUUGUGGCAUUGUUGGCUCCUUGGAUGACCUAGUAAGUGCGGUGAUGGUGUGA